UGUUAUGCUCUGGACACACUCACCUCUCAGAAGGAACCAGUUGGCUAUGUCAUUUUAGACUUAAGAACAGCACAACAAAAACCAGCGGUAAGUUAGUUAAGGAAUCUGUAAUUAUUUUGCAAACAUGCAUGAGGUACAACUGUACAUGAACAAGCUUUGAAGGAUACGCAUUUCAACAUGAAAUGUUAAAAAUAAACAAUGAAGAUUAAUAAUGCUUCACAUACCCUAGGGGUUCCCCAUGCUUACAUGUGUACAGCUAUAAAGACAGAGUUAAAGAUAGACACUCUCUUGUAACUUGAGUUUCGUGCAUUAGGUGAUCAUCAGUAAAAGUACUGUAAGGCAUAUUUCAGUUUUAAAUGUCAAGUUUAAAUUUAAGGAUGGUUAGCUGAGAGGUGCUUCUUCUGAUUGGCUGUGCACACAGAUUAUUUGUUUUCAUGCUGGCACUUUGUGACAAGUUCAGACUUCUUGUUUAAAAGUGAUGUGUCGGAGGCAGAUAUAAUACAGAGUUUUUGUUAAAUAAAAUGAAUAUUUUGCUGGAAAAAAUACCUACAGUCUGCUAAGAGUACCCAAAUCCAUUAUUUCAAGGACAUAAAUCCAGACAGUGGAACCUUCAUUAAGCAACCACCCAAAAUACAAAACUUUAGUUGUUGCUUAUGGGAGGUGUCACGUAUAAGAAUUGAACAUCGAAGCAGUUCUCUUCUGACAGGCCCCAACAUACUACUUUUUGGAUCGUAAUUUUGGAUGCAGUUUCUAAGUUAUGAUAUGUCUGGUUUCAAAUUGUCAAUGAAAGUUCUUCCUAUAGUUCGAGUGGUGUACGUAUAGUACAUUCAGUGAACAAAGAGAUAAACCAUUGGUGUUUGGAUCUGUGGUCACUUAUGAUAUGAAGUUGCGUAUGGAGGUUCAACUGUAUUUUUUGAAAGAUGCUUGAUGCAAUUAAAACCAGUGGACAAUGCUACCAAAGAAGUUCCAUUUGACUGGUCAUUUCUGUAUUCAUACAUGUGCAGCUGUAGGUUUAAACAUGUAGCUUGGUCCAACUUGUGGGUUCAGAAAAUAACUAGUGGGAACGUCAAAGUCCAUGGAACACCUCUUCAAUCUUUACCUGUUUUCUUUGUUGUGUAAUUUUAAUAUUUUUAGUAAAAGCAAUGGCCUUCUACUGUUUUUAAUAUGACAGUGCUCAUUCCUUGUCAGUCUUUAUGGCAAGUGUCAGGCAAAAAGGUUCCACCUUCUUCCUAGGCUCCUCUCCUACUUGUCCCUCAAGUCUCUGGCACGAAGGUAGAAAAAGGGUAACAUUUUGAUCUCCAUAACACAGUUGCCUUUGUUGCAGAGAGCCCAGUGGCAUUCGCUUUUAAGUACCAAGUACACUCGCUUGAAGCCAGAAUUAAAGCUGAUGCUGUCUUUAGAGGAUGAUACUCAACCAUCUCAAUCUCCUGCUGGCAAACAACAACAAACACAGCAAGCCGAUGAAGGUACUUAAGUGAAAAUUCCUGAGGUGUUUGCUACAAACAUCAUGUAAUUGUGCUGUAACUAUUAAUGUCAGUUUCCAGAUUUUCCAUCCCUUUCUGGCUAUGAACAAUUUGCCAUGGGAUUUGAGCCAAUCAGAAACAGAAAUACUUUUAAUGAAUAAUAAUGUGUACUUUAAAUAAAAUAUUGGUGUAGUUACAAGUGCAAUAAUAAAUUUUUGUUCUUCUCCAUUUGUUGUUUCUAAAGGGAGACGGUCCGGACCUUCAUCAAGAUUCCAAACAAUACAGUUUACACUGAAUGAGGAACAGGGAUAUUAUGAAAUUGGACCACAACAAGAUGGCAAUCAGAUAUUUGUUUUGUCUGUCACCAUAGGACUUGCUUCAAACUUAGCAAAGGUGCAGUAUAUAUGAUAUCAUGUCUUUCUAUUCAUCAGUUCCCUAUAAUUUUGUAAGAGGAAAUCUAAGCAAUGUUUGAACUUGGCAAAGAUAGCUUUCCUAGAAAUGUUGGUAAAAAGCAAAUUUUUAGAUAGCAGUCAAAGAUUAGUCAUGACUUAUGGUCCUACUAGUGACAGUUUUUAAUUACACUUGUAUAACAAUUUUUUUUAGUAAUAAGGCCGUUUAACAUUUUACCUUCUAUUUCUGAUGAGCGAGAUUGGGGCAUUUCAGAAACACUCUAGAAUUCUCUGAUUCCAAUCUUCCAGCGCUUCAUUUUGAUUUGUUGAAAGCAUCCUAUAUCUUUCUCCCAUUCUCGGUCUUCCUUUUUCUCCUUUCCCAUUUUUCCUGAGGGUAACAAUGGAAAUAAUAAACCACAUCACAACAAAGCUCAAGUUUGGUUCUAUCCAUUACUCCCUUAAUUAUGUUAAAACAUCAAUUUAUUUUUGUCGGAGUUACCUCAUCAAGUUGGGAAUAAUCAAUCACCAAUUCAAUUAUCAUGACAUAUUAAUUUAGUACUACAUUAUUUUUCAAUAUCUUGUUACAGCUUAUUCCAUCAAAGUUUACCUUGACUGACCCAAACUUAGGUGGUGGAUUUUACUUUUACUAUUCAUUACUCACAAAUGAUGUGACAAAUGAAGUCUUUCAUGAUCUCCUACAACCCAACUUCCCAGCUGAAAGAGCCUCGGUUAGAAUUUGUAGCAACGUGGAUCAUCUAAGAGAGUUUUUUACUCAACAUUCUGGACUAGAGGUAGGCUCCAAAAAUAGAUCAUCAUUAAUUUCUUGUUAAUUUUUUACAUUUCACUAAGUUUUAAGGCUGUGCUUUAGCAGAGUCCAGAGGUCUAGAGGUAGUGGUGAUCGAGGUUUUAACCCGUAAGUACCAAGAGUGACCAACAUCAAUAUUUAUUUUCUCCUGACAAUAUCAAUGCAAAGGUUAUGAGAAUCAAUAAAGUGAUCACCAAAGGGAAAAUACUUUGAUCUUUUGACAAAUUCUGUUGACUAAUUUUUCAAGGAUUGGAAGGAGAUCAGUCUGAAGAAUUUGUAUGUGGAUAUUGGGGCAGAAAGGGUUAAGAAAAGUUAAGUGCAUGGUCUGUUCAUUGACCUUUGUUACCCAAGCAUGAGGCUGUCAGCUUGUCAGCUUGGAGUCACCUUCACCCGCUCUACAAGAAAGCAUACAUAGUACUUUAUUAUUUGUGCCUAUUAUAGUAGCUAGAGAGUAAAUGUUUACAUUGUUGAGCUUUUUCAGCUAGAUAGUUUCUGGAAGCAAAGAAACAAAAAAAAGAAGAACUGGGCCUAUAUUUAGUUAUUUUAAUAUCGCACUUGGUCAAUGUUAUUAUUAAUUUUUUCAGAUUCAUUUGUGUAGUGGAGAUCAAAUCUUAGGAAAAGCAGUGGUUUCUUUCCAAGGACUUCUAAGUGAGCGAGAGACGCUAGCUACGCCUGCUGUGAUAGAAGGAAUGUUUCCUUUACUAGCACCAGGUAGCAGUCAUCAGCAUUUAGGACCACCACAGGACACUGAACCUGGGGUUGGGGUGUCUGUGUCACUAAGAUGUGAACAACCAGAUAUCGCAAGGAAUGUCCCCACUGGAUCAUCUCCAGCUGGAGGUAGAGACAUGCGUGGGCAGGUAAUAGUUAAGAGCGAACUUCAACUACAUGUAUCUUGCGUCACAGAUGUAACAUGACCCUGGUUAGUAACAUCAAGCUGUGCAGAAAUCCUUGUUUCGUGGACCCCAUCUGUGUACCAAGAUUUGAGUAUGCAUCGAGAUUGGCUAGUUAAAAAGCCAUUGUCAGGUUGCCAGUAAGGUUAAAGGGAAAUUGGAAACAUUUCUGGUUUUAAAUUUGUUGAGUCUGUUGGGGGACCAGAACGUGGAGAUAUCAUCAUUGCUUCGCAGACGUUACUAACCAGGGUCAGAUUAUGUCUGCAAUGCAGGUUAAACUACAACUUACUGGCAAAAAUAUGUCAUAGUAACUAUGACCUAAUAGUAAUAUUUUUCUUCCUUUUGGUGGCUCAAAAGUCAUCACCUAAACAGGUUUCAGUACCAGUCUCUCCUCCUAGAGGGCGACCCAGAAAAGACAGUAAAGAGGCCAAUGCAAAUGCACCAAUGGGGUAUCCAUCUGAGACUCCACCCCGACCACUUUCCAGCACCCCACAUGGUGCAGAGGAACACCAUGAUCCAACAAGUGCAGUAAAUGCUAGAACUCAAAAGGUAAACGGUAACAGUUACUGCAUGUUUUAAUCUUUGCACCGUAGGUCAUGAAACCUGUUAUAAGCAUGUACUGCCUGAUAAAAUAAAAGCAACCUCAAAUUAUUUCCCUGAGAAGUAGAACAAUAUUGCUUAAGACUUGAUCAAAGGCUUUCACUUUUCACAGCAAUCAAGUAUCAAGAGUAGAGGGUCAGUGACUCAAAACGUUAACAAAAGCCAUUCCAGUUUGGUGAUUCCCUCAGAAAUUGAGUAUUGAGUAUAUAGAAUCAAUGGAAAAGUAGUCAUCAGGAAUCGAUUGUUGAUUCUCAACUCAAUUCUUCAUUCAUGCAAGGAUCAAGAAUCAAGUGUCGACUUACCUUCAAAUGUUACUGUAUUACAGUCAAGCCAGGUCAAGUGUACCCUUGAAGAUCCCAUUAAUGAAUUUAUUAUUCAAGAGUUGAAUCUGUUAGUCUUUGCUGCAACCAUGCAGCAUCAAAUUCAAAUCCACCGCAUUCUUGCAAGAAUAAUGAGCAGUGAAUUCUUUACGAAAGCUUUUCUGCAUCAAAUUCAGGAAAGCUUAGCUAGUAGAAAUUUCACAACUACCCUGAAUGUGACUUCACUGCUUGUUAUGCAUGCAGGAAUGCAUCUAGAUGAAUCUGAAAUUUACAACUGCAAUGGAUUUAACUUUCAAAUGAUAGUUAUUUUUAACCCAUUCGCCCCUGAACCGCCCGUAACCGCCCGUGCGGAUCCAGAUCCUUUCUACCCUUUGUGACGUCAUCAGUUUUAACGGUCAAGGACAACUUUCUUCGCUAACUUGUGCAGAGUGAAGAGAUCUUUCAAACCAUACCAGAAUGAGCACAAUUCAGUCAAGGACACCGGAGAAAGAAGCAAAAAACCACGUGACAAGGACCUGAAAAUCUCCAUGAAAAUCGUGUUCCAUUACCCACCUACCUUUCCUUUCACCUAAUCCUAAGAUCCUAAAAGCUUUCCUAAAAACUCUUCCCACCAAAAUGAAGUCUACUAAAUGCCCAGCAAGAGAAAAAAAAAUGAGGCAAGAAAAGCGAAAAUAGAAGGGAGGAGAGAAAGCGAAAAGUAAAAGUCAAGACUGCUGUGUCACUUUUAAACCCAAAAACUGUCGAAAUUUUGCUUUCUGCGCAUGCCCGAACUUCACAAGCUGAUAUUUUGCAUCUGGAUCAGAAGGCCGCCAAGUGUACAACCUGUAAACCGGUUUGUGGUAAGUUUUAGCUCUUUAUAGCACGACAGUGACCAGAAAACCACUCGACUAGCUUCAAAACGCUUUUUUGGGCAAAAUCUCCAGGAACGAAUGGGUUAAUUCAUUGUUGGAAUCUUUGGGGGUACCCUUGACCUGGCUUGACUGUAAAAGCAUGGUCUUGAAAGGGCUCAAGAUCUUACAUUUUAAGGCAGAUCAUCACAAUAUGCUGUCCAUCCAGUUAGUUCUUAAAAUGCACAGCUUUAGCCUUCAGCUUCACUCUUCUUUGCCUCAUCAGCAGCAAUAUUCUCCACCAAAAAAGUCCAAGACAACAGCUCCAGCACCUCCGCCUCAAGUUACAGAACCAGGUCCAAGCACUAUUCCUCCACUUAGAACCAGGCUUCCAUUAGAACCAUCAGCUCAUCAUUUCUGUUUCUCCAUUGAUUUGCGUAGCAUCUCGAAUCUUGAGGUUUCUUCUCCUGUUAACUGCUAUCUUAGGUGAGUUGAUAACAGAAACUGAGAAGGUAGACUUUCUAAAAGUCCUUUAUUUUUUUUCCUGGUUGGUUAUGCCAUUUUAAAGGACUUUUCAUACCUGUUUGGCGUGACAUUCACUGGUCGAAAAUUCUUCCAGUGAUGUCACCACUAUUGGCCAAUUAGACAGUGAGUGAUAUUUCACGCUGCUCCCAACACAGCAUAUGUCAAUCAUUUUUUCCCCAUGUGAAUAUAUAAUAUAAUUCAAAUCCAUUCAGGCAAAACAAGUUGACUUCGAGACUUUGUCGCUUGCUCAGUUGCUGUGCGACCUCGUGCAACGAAGUUCGCUUUGCACACUUUUAAGGAGUUAUGAGAGGUCGACUUUUAGCAAGUCUAUUUUGGAGGCAGAUGUCAGAGCAGGGAAAAUGCUAGGUGGGCAGUGGCUUGAAACAGAUCUUUUAAACAAAAGUGAAAACCAAGACUAAGUGGGCACCAGUUUGUCCAAAGGCGGCCUUACUUUUUUUCAGAAAAAGGGGACCAAAGUUUUGGGCGUGGCUUAUGUGGGUACAGGUGCUACAUUAUUAAUACAAAACAAUGGUUUAGCAAAAGUUUGGGGUGCAGCUUAUAAGUGGAUGUUCCCUCUACACGCGCAGUAAACACAGCAGAUGUCUGUCCCAAGUCAGUAGCGUUUCUAGAAAAAAGAGGUGAAUCCUAAUGCAUAAAGUAUUAUAACAUACAGCAAUUUUACAAUGUUUACUUAUUUAUUUCAAACUGUAUGGGCUAAUAAUGGGAUCAGGUUUAACAGGCAUACUUUUGUUAAUUUGGGUCAGCUUUGAUUCAAAUUACUAGUACAAAGAUCCACUAUCGAAAUAGCUCGAGAAAACUACUAACGUAGGACAAACACAUCUGAAUCAUAGUCAACAGUUUUCAGCACCGUACAAACGACUUCCUGACAAACCCUUAGCAAACUAUUUACGAGAGAAUGACGGGAGAACUGAUGAUUUGACUAACAAAAUAAACGACUGUUAAACUGUGACAGUGGAUGGAUUAAAAUGCACCGAUGACAUUUUGAGUCUUCUUAGCCAAUAACAUCACGUCUUACCUGACAGACGACCAAUUACAUCGCAACUUUGACCAAUCAAGUCAAUAACCAGAGCUAAGUACCAUCAAAUGAGGUGAUAGGGCUUACUUUGACUCUGAAGAUGACGAAUGCACAGUUUGUCGAAACAUCAGUGAUCAUCAACAGCAGUCCUAUUCUGGACUACGUUCACCCGGACGAUCAUGCUCAACCUACUUAUAAAAAUUUAAUAACUUCUGGGUUCAAACCUUUCUCAAAACUACUAAUUAGCUCAUCAAAAGUUUGACACUGGGCCUAAGAUUGCACCCUGCUGUCACUAGAAUGUAGAAUAACCUUUGCGCUUUUGUUAUUAGGUAUACUUAUCCAUUCUUUGGUAGCUCUGCUCCGGUAAUGACAAGUCCGCCAGUACAAGUUCAGCGCAACACAGAGGUCCUUCUUCCCAAGUCUUUUUGUGCAUUUGACUUUGCAGCUUCUCCACAUUCUCUUCAAGACACACUUACAAGGUGGGCAAGUACAUGUUAACUAAUAAACUCAGAUCAAACUUUCUCAGUCACUGAGUCAGUCACUCCAGUAGCCUGCGUAUCAGGCGCUUGGAGGUACUGGGCACAAGAAAAAACGGGCGCGGGAGUUUCACAUUAAAAAUUGUUUUCUGGCUUGUCUUAAGAUUUGGUCAGCCAAGCGGUCUAGCUGCCCAGCGCGAGUCUCCCUCGCGCGCGGUCGUUCUCUCUUUCGCCCACUACUUCCAAGCGCCUGCUACGCAGGCUAUCACUCCAGCUUGUAAAGGAACAAACAAUAUUACCCACUCCACUAACUAUUAAGGGAAAUUAUGACAACACGCUCUUGGCGCAAUGAUUUGUGGGAUCGUUUGGGUAGACAAGCGUUACUAAUGAUUAGUUGCCUUGAAUGUUGCCUUGAAUGUCGUAGGCCAAUCAUAACUAACGCUAGUCCACCAAAAUGACCCUAAAAAUCACUGCGCCCAAAUCUUGUAUGCAGUCUUCGUCGAGUCUCUGAAUGAAGUGAAUUUUUUCUUAAUACCUUAGGCAACUUGCCAAAAUCAAAACUGGGGCAAACUAUUGUCCAUGAGAAAGAUGUUUUUUCAGUCAGUAGGAGUCGAGCCUGUGACCUAAUAGCCCGCGUAGCAAGCGUUUCCGCGCGUUUUCGGAGCAAAGAACAAAGACCACGCGAAAAAUGGCUUGAUUAAAAGAGCGGGGAUUGGGUGGGGAAGAAAGGUAAGGAAACCUUCCUUCCUUCCCCUUCCCCUCCCCCCUCUUUCAUUUUUUAGCUCCCGUUCCAUUUCUCGCGCAGCUAAAACCAAAAAUCCCGUUCCUCGGUCUUUGUUUGCUCCGAAACCAAACCGAAAAGCUUGCUACGCAGGCUUAUGACCUAUAGCCUAACUUAACAAGUUUGGAUGCUCUACCUCUAAGCUACAGGAGAUAAGUGGGCGCUGAGGCCACUAAGGCCGUCACUGGUCAACAGUUUUUCUGACACUUGACUGAUGACAGAUUUCAUGGGUAUUCAUUCUUCUUUUUCACCUAGCCCUAAUUGAAAUUUUCUAACAAAAUUGUGCGAUUCCUACUUUUCCUGUCAGAGUUCCUCUUGUGAUUGAGGUGUGGCAUAAAGACAGCAUGGCUGGGAACGUUCUUAUUGGAGUUUCAACUGCUUUAUUAGCCUCUGUUUUAUCUGCUAAUAGAGUAGAAGUCUUAACACAGGUAAAAAUAAUCUGCCAGUGUUUAUAUUUGAGCGAUAUACUUGUGUUAUUAGCCACCCUGAGAGACCCGAAAGCAGUUAAUCAGCGUGGAAUAUUCAUAAGCAAAAUAUAAUUAUUACUGCCGGCAUUGUAGAGAGCUACAACGCUGGCCCUGGUUGUUCAGACCUUUGAUAGCGCUAUCUACAGGAUAUAUCACUCUUCAGCGGAUAAGUAUUGGGGAAACUAAUUACAGUAUCCACUGGAUAGAGAUUUAUCCUGUGGAUAGCGCUAUUCAGCCUUUUAACAACCGAGACCUGGUCAAAACUCUCGGGACACUAACGCAAUAGCUCGUCAAAUUGAGGCAUCUUCCCUCCCCCCUUCUCCCACGGUGCAGUGUUGACGUUAUGCAUUCAAGUUUUAAUUCAACACAAUCUCCCACUGCUUGGGAGAGAAGGUGACAGCCGAAAUAUCCCUUAUAACAACAUCCCCAAGCUUUUUUAAGAGGAAGAAUAUGAGUUAAUUUGGUAAAGUGUGUCUUUGUCCCCAAUUUGGCCAAGUGUCCCAAGACGUUUUGACCAGGGUUGUAAGUUUUUGUCGUGACUUCUCCUUCCAUAUUCCCUACAAUUUUACACCUUGGUAUGUGAAGGUAGAUGUUAACAAACCUUGAUAUCUUGGCAGUCUGACGUCUUUAGAUAAUUUCUGCACACUUUUCUACGAACUAUUCUUUACCUAUUUUGCUUUUUUCGAUCCCGUUUUAGGGUCAAGUGACUGGAUAUCGGCAAAUUUACAAUGAGCGGAUAUUUGUACUUACCACGGAAAAGUAUGUCAAACACUUUAAACCCUGGCUAAAUUCAGCCGUCUUUUCUAGCUACUUUCAUCUUGUUGACAACUUGGAUUUUCUUUCAGCUUCGGAUGUGUUCUUGAUUUGAUAGAGCUAGUAAUUAAACGUAAGUAGGCGAUGAUAGAUGUGGAAUGUUAUGACAAAAAAACGCUGAGCAGAUGCCUCUUUUCCCUGGUAAUGACAAAAUGAAAAAAAUGACAAGUCUAUUUUCUUCCCGCCCGCCAAAUACUAGAGAAGAAGGUCUCUGCUAAUAAGGAAUUGCAAGCCAUAGAACGAUAUUAAUGCUGAAUGUACCAAUGUGUUUCCAACCCUUAAACAUAUCAUUGAGUCUUUGUGGUUGGCUAAAUGAUGCCUGCCAUCGCUUUAACCUGCAUCUUGUUGGUGUAAGGAACUGAAAUUGAAACAACAUUUGUAAUCUCAAACUUUUACCAGCAACACUGAUAGUUAAGCUUGUACAUAGUAUUGCAAACACAGUUGACUAAUGGGCACCUCCUUCAGAGCAACUACUUACCUUUCUCGGUUAAUCCGUGCGUUGUUGCUCUCCUUUCCCACCUUUGUAGCUCAUUUACUAGGCCUGACAAUUACUUUUCACACAGCUGACCAAGCUGAAUGCAUGACUCCGAAAUUGAACUGGCAAAAUUGUCUAACAGUGUUUACCAGAAUGAGCACCAACUGAACAUCUCAAGACUCCAUACUUGUCUUUUGCUGCCGUUAAUAACACAUUUUUUUCUUUUGAUUUUGAAGACCUCCAAGGAAGAUUGGUGAGCUGCAUGUGGUUCUUGGCCUGGAGGACCUGGGUCCAGUCAACUUGCACCAAGUCAUGGGAGCCAAUGAAGUAAUUCUUGCUUUUUUAAUGGGGGUGAUUUUUACUCAAAAAUCAUCAAAGGUGUUUCAUAAAAAGCUUUAAUAUAAGCGGGUGCAGGAUUUGCUAUACAACAGUGAGGGUGUGUUCACACUACCUAAAUAGCUUUUGCGCCGGCACCAUACCGGAUAGGGCAUCUGUUCACACGUGAGAACGGUGAUUUCUGCGUGAUUCCUGUAACGGAGCGAAGCCGACCUCUAAAGUGAAGAGUCACAUGUCGGAUCUGUUCUUGCUAUUCUUGGUUUACAACCACAUGACAAGGCGGCCAUGUUGGUAAAAAAAAAAAAAUUUUUUCUCGAAGAAUUUACGUGAAAAAAUAAUUUACUUUCCAGAGGAGAGAAAUGCUUUUGUUCUUGACCACCAACAUGGCCGCCGUGACGUCACGUGCAAACCAGCAUUCGUGUCGGCACGAAUAGCCUAAUAGCAUACAACAAGGUUACCUACUUGAAGUAUCUACUGCGUUGCUAUUGACUACUACUUUGGGGACUCUUAUUAAGUCGAUAACCAAGUAAUUCCAAUGUUUACUUCCUUUCAUUUUCUAAAUACGAAGAAGUCUUCAUUUGAAUCGAACUUUUAUACCUGGUAAAGCCCCGUAACUCUUCAUACUUUUAUCAUCAAGAACAGAACUAUGGAACUAUCGCGGAAGACCUUACUAUCUACUAAUCCUCUCACUGGUGCUUUCCUUUAGUACAGUUUGUCGUCUUCUCUUGAGAGUAGUCAAGCUUCCAGUGCCAUUCCCCUGGCCGAGCCGCAGCGUGUUCCACCAGCUCAGCCCAAACCUCCCCCGGGUACUGACCCACGUGACACUGCCGAGUACAAGGCCGCUUUAGAACUGGAACUGUGGAAAGAACAACAGGAAGAAAUGUUCCAAGCACAGGUAUGAUGUCAUUAAACCUGGAUUAUAAAGAUGGGCAAGUGGUCGAGGACGACUAUGAGAAGGAGAUUUUCUCAAUACUAAGUAGUGUGUGUGCUUUAAUCCGCGUCAUUUUGACGGGAAAACGUGAUAGCCGUCGUCAUUCUGCUACGAGUUUUAGCGAGAGUGUCGUAGUGGUGGAAACAAGGAGUUUUAAUUUGUAGCAGCUUUAUCAUUUUGCAAUCGGGAGAAGGCUUAACCUCCUUCAAUAAACAUAACCGUGUUAAAUAUUCUGGUAAAAAAAAAAAAACAGGAAAAAGAAGCUUUGCCGGUGUCUAUUUUUUAAGAAUAUGUGAAAAAAAAAUGCAAAUCAAAUCUCUUCCUCGUAGUCCUGGAAUCCUAAGGUCUCUAAUGGCUUCAAAGUAUUAGUAUAUGUAAUAGGGAAAAUCUGUUCUCGGAUUAAACAAGAAUUUCCUUCGUUCCCUCUGAAAAAUUAAGGCUGGGAAACAAAGAAAAUUCUGAAUCAAGCAAGGUCGGGUACUGUUUUAUCCUAAGAAAGGAUGUUACGUACAACGUUUAAGUUGAAAAGCUGAAAACGUAAACUUGAGUGUAACUGUCCUAUGAAAGGUGGUAAAGGGAGUAAAGUGCCGCCCAAAAAUACGUAAACCUAUUAAGUAGUAGUUAGUUUACCAACCACAACUUUUCAGCAGAGUUUGCUACAGGCUCCUUGACUUGGUCACUGACAGUCGGUGUUUCUGUUUUGACGUACCAGAUGCAACAUCGUGAAAACUCGCAAAUGAAAGCGCUGGCUGAUGAAUGGAAGAAACGGGACAAAGAGCGUGAGCUUAUGGUCAAGAAAAAGGUAAAACAAUAACGUCGCCCUUGCACAAGGACUAGUUACAUUGCUAAAUAGAAAUGUUAUCUGCCUACCAUGUUGUGACCAGUGUAGUAAGUAAAGGUGUACUGGCCCUUCGGCGGAGAAUGCGCUUUUUGACAUUAGGGAUUGCAUGGUUAAAAGUUAUAAUUUGAUGCUUCGUGAUCGUGGUAUGGCCCCUUGACAAUUUUUCUAUUCUCUUGCUGAAUCUUCGCGAUAGGGAAGAAACGCCUCUCAACUUUUGCUAUAACAAAUGUUUGGGGACUAGAGUGGAUAUUUAAUAUUAUUUUAUUACAAACUAGAAAACGUAUCUAGAUUGCACAAGGGAUGAUAUCACUUAUGAAAUCAGUCGCUCAAAAUGAAAAAGAAAAACUAAUUUACCGCCGGUAAUCGUAGAACAUCCAGGAGCUCGUAAGAACUCGUUAGAACACGUACAUGAAAAAGGCAGGACUAUCAAAAGAAAAACUAUAUCAAGAAACCAAGGCCAUUAUUUUUGUUCCAGCUCGAGGAGUAUUCUCGACUUGAAGGGAAGCUUAAACAAUCCAUUGCUGAACUGGAGAAGAGGGAGAAACAGCUUACUAUUAACGAAACACAGGUAUAUCAAACUUGCUUUCUCUUUUAACUUGUUACCAAUCAGUUAGCAUUCUUUGCUGACCGUAUUCCAGCUUCUGUUGUAAAUCUUUCCUUCAACUUAAACCAGUAGUCUAUUAAUUAAAAGUGUCGUUCAGCGUGAUACUCACUUACAAUGUUCCGUUAUGGCCUGAGAAAACAACCGACAUUUCGUAACGCCACCACUGAGACUUGACCCACAUCUGUUCUGAUUGGUCAUUCCGUGAGGAAAAUUUACUUCAACCAAUGAGAAGUCUGCAGUCGUUCUUCAGACGUCAUUUCGAGGAAAAAACCAGUGGUGGCGUCGCGAAAUGUCGGCAGUUUUCUCAGUUUUUAAUUAGUUCCCUCAAUGCUUAAACACGUUUCUGCUUCUAUUUGGAAUGAUUCAGACUCCCCAGAAUAUAUAGUAGCUCGCUUCAAACACGCCAAAUGUUGUAGCAAUAUUUACGAUGCCAAGAUAUCUUUUAUACUAAACUGCUUUAAAGCAUAGGCCUUUCCUGCAAAUCAGCCACUUAAUACGGGUUUGAGAAUCCCAGCUUUAUGUCCCAGGGACCCGUUUCUCGAAAGUCCCGCGGUAACUUUUCGGGCCCGAAAUUAAAUAUUCAAACCAAAAUCUAAAGAAUAAAAGCGCGAGUUCUAACUGACAAACCAGUCCAUUUUGUUUUGUUAACUGAUAGUUUCAUCACGUUUGUCUGCCAAAGUAGUAUGAAAAUCUCUAUCUGGAAGGCAUAACAAGGGACCCGUUUCUCGAAUGUCCCGGAAAUUACCGUUCCCGGAUUUUACAUCGGUCCGAAAAGACAAGCCCUUUUAAAGGGGCUAUGUCACUAUGAUAUUGCUGUUUUAGGUCCAUUCUGUGCUGAAGUCAUUGUCUAGUGCCUUUACCCAUACACAAAAUGCAGGCAUAGCAUUAGUUUCAAUCUUUUGAAUACCCAUCCUUACCAUCCUUUGUAACAGACAACAGGAAACAGUUUCAAUGCCUAAAUAUGGUGUUGAAUAACAAACCUGGGCCAUCAUUUUUGGAAUUCGAUUGACGCGAAAAAAGCUUUAGCUUUUCUAAGGGAUAGAACUGAAAUAGCAGUGCAUAGCCCCUUUAAGAUCUUGUGAGACGAUAACGACAUUUUUGAUGACUGACAGGUGACGCAUAUGAGAGAACAACUUGAGAGAGAACACGACAGGAAAAUGACCGAGAUAAGAGAAGCUGCGCGCAGAAUGAAAGACGAAUGUUCGCACCAGGUAGAGAUGGAGAGGUAAGUUUGCAACUCGGGCUGACAACUUUAUCUUUGCAGUGCGCGUGAAGACCCUUUUUGAAUGGCUUUAAAUGCUGGAAACGAAGGGCAGGCGACACGUCUUAUCAAUCUUCGGAACGUUUUGCGUCGCUCGUCGUGUCCCAACUGGACACGUGAAUGAAACAUGCUUUGCACCGUCGAAAAGUCCUUUGGAUUAUCUCUUUAACCGGGUCGUUUUCACCUUAUUUCACUGCACAUUUCUUACGCAUUUUCCCUCUUAACAUGCAUCAGAAAAACAGAUAAAUACCUCAUUUUUUGGAAAAGGGUGCGAGAAGCUUCGAGUCCGGUUAGACGUUGGUGAUCUCAAGUCGAGGUAACGAGUGACACUAUAUUAACUAAAGAAGUUGAUAAUUUAUUUCAAGGAUGAAAGUGAAAGAUCUGGAGCAACAAAAGCAGAGACUCGUCGAACAGGUAGGUCGUGAACAUAUUCCGGCUGUGACCGUUGUAUUCCGAUCUUAUAAAUAUUAAAGACAUUUACUUUGCUUUUGACUUCGCAGGUAUACGAAGCCGAAAAGCGGUAUCAGUCGAAAGAGAAUGAGUUUAUGGCGUACAAAGAACAACAACUUACAAAACCUGAAGUCAAACUCGAGUCUGAAAUAAACCUUCUAAAAAUGGAGAAGGUGAGAACAACUUAGGUCUAGGCCAAACGUCGAACUUUUCAUGAGAAGAACCAAACUUGUUGAGUUCAGUUCAUGAAAAGUUCGACUUCUGGCUCAGUUAAGUUCGUCUGAAUGAGUCUGCUUCAGACGGAUAAAACGUUCGAAGAUCGUCUGUGGGACAAACGUCGAUCUUCACAUGGGACAAUCUAAACUAAUAGAUUAAAAACUUGUAUGAUAAUUUAUUAAAUUGCUUUUUGGUCUGAUUUAGUUGAUUGGUUCGAUGCGUCCUAAGUUCGACGUGUGACCCAACAGAAGAUCUUAACUUUAUUUAGGUCGACCCAAGUUAGAGUUUAGUUCGUCUCAUGCAAUGAAAAGUUCGACGUUUGGCCCAGGCCUAACACACACCCUUGUCCCCCACUUUCCAAGGGACUAGAUUGACUACUGUUUCCGGUUACCGUGUUCUAUCUUUAUGAAAUAUAAAAUAAAUAAAUAAUUCCGUUAUUUACCCUCGGCAGUAUUUAUAGCACUAAUACUAGUAGGCCCGAGCAAAUGCAUGAAACAAAUAACCUAAAUCAAACUUAAUAGGGUUAAGAAUCCCAACUGGCCGGAGACUAACCAGCUGGUCAGCAGUCGAAUGCGUUAAAUACAUUCACAUAGUAUGACUAAAUUUGACUUUUAAGAUUACUACCGCACAGGCUGUCGAAAUGUUUAAUCACCGUCAACGACAGUCCUAUUCAGGACUACACACCUCCCCCCGGAAGGUCAUACUGAAACUGAUGACACUCCUAAAUUAUUUUUUGCAAAAUCAAAUAUGGGCAUAGGGACACCAGUCUUGCUAUGAAGUGUUGGCUCAGCGAGUCUGCCUCGAAUGAAUACGCUGUGGCCUUGUCUUCAGUCCUAGUCGACAAAAUUUAACUCCCAUUUCAACAUCUUGAAUUCUCAGGGUCGCGCAGAGCUGGGAUUCAUGUAAUCUUUAGCCGCUAGACCGUAGCAACCCUUACUGCUUUUUCUCUACAAUUCAUUCUUAUCUCUUUGAUUAUAUGUCUGUUGGAAAUUGUUACCUACUUUAUGUGUUCUGUCAGUAAUGUACAAUUUGUCCCCACCCAUACAGGCAGAACUUGAGCGCAAGUUAGAAACUGCGAACAAGUCGAAGAUUCACUAUAAACAACAGUGGGGUCGAGCGCUAAGGGAACUGGCACGAAUGAAACAGCAGGAACAGACCGCUGCCCGAGCGCGGCUCAAGAAACAGGAACAGGAGCUCGAACACAUGCGCCUGCGCUAUCUUGCCGCUGAAGAAAAAGAGGUAAAGUUUGGUCUCCUGUACAUUUCAAGUUUUACUUAUUUUUUUUAUCGCUUGUAAAAAAGAAUCAAAGAAACAAAUGUCCACUGGAAAAGAGAGGUCUUUGUGAACAGGAGUUUCCUCCCCCCUUUCUUCAGUUUGUCAGUUAUCACUGUUAUAAGCAUUAUAAUUUAUCCGUCGUAUUCGUCCUCCAGUCUCAUUAAAGACGUGUUUGAUUCUCUUUUUAUUGUUAGGUUGUAAAAUCAGAAAAGGAGGAGCUGGAGGAAAUAAAACUUGAGCUUUCCAGGUGAGCCGUUAGUGUUCCUAAACAAAUAAUUUCAAAAAAAAGCAUAAACGUCGUCGACGUCCCAUACUAUUUUAACAGCAAUCUAAACCACAACAAGAAGUUGAGCGCCUUGUUUCACGGAACACCUUUAUGCAACACGACGAAGGUGUGCAAAGUGAAUUGCUUUACUCGGAACGAGAAACGACGAGUAGGACUUCCAGUAACUAUUCUCGAAAUCUGGGUCCUCUACCUCCUUGGCCCAUUAUACUAUGAACGGUUCCUUACUGUGUACAUCAUAUAACUUGGUGGAACCAGAAGCAUAUAUGCUUCCAGUGGAACUGGGUGUGACUUUCUCCUUUAGUACAGAACAAAAGUUGUUUGGGUUGGUGGGUGGGGUAGCAGCUCGCAGACGUCAGAGCUUUGCGAUUGGCCGAAACUUUAGGCUCUCAGCCAAUCAGAGGGCCGGUGUUAUUCGCGACUUGGUCACAUGCGUUUUCCCGCGCUUGACAUUUACCUUGAGCUAUGAGUUCAUGAUGCUCAGUUCGCCACUUAAAACACGAGAAAGAAACCUGGCCGAGUAAACUUUCGUAAAGACUUCUGGGAUUGUUGCUAGGGACAGAGGAAAAAAUGACCAAUAGCUGACCGGCGCAUCUCCUUUAACCAUCCCAGAAACAAUUGGGGAACACAUUUUGGCUUUAGUUCCCUUCGCGUUUCUGAAGUGGCGAAUUCUGUGCACCUUUCAAUAUGACUUAUUUCUGAUUUCCUUUGUUCCUACCGCAGACUGAAACAACAAGAAGAAGCGAAAACCCGCCUGAAUCAAGUACCAGCUGAAGGGCAAGAAAACCCAGGCGUGCCACCUAUAAUGAACUCUUCACAAAGAAGAACUGUUAAACGUUCAUCAGGGCUAACGUCUGUUGUUGAAGAUGACGAAGAGGAUGUCGAUAGUAGAAUCGCUAAGCUGAUCGAAGAAAGAGACACUUUGUUACACACUGGUGUGUACACUACUGAUGAUCGUAUAAUAGUUGAAUUGGAUAAGCAAAUACGAGACGCCAUAGCCAGCAGGGGGUCGUGACACAAGGUAUGUUUUUUCGAGGGUAGGGAGGGAAGGAAGAAAGUAAAGAGACGCUAUAAUAUUAAAGAGCAGAGGAGGUAGGGUGUUACACACCCGAUGAGUAAAGAGUACUUUUUCGCAAUAUCUACCCAUGUACUGAUAACACAUGGCGAAACAGUGGCCUUCACUCGCUAAUUCUUCAUUGUGUGUUUUCUCUGAAUUUGCCUCGAAUUUACUUUUUUAUUUUUGUUCAUUUUGUUUUGAGUGUGGAGAUGUGUUGGUGAGUGAGUCUCACCCAUUUUGCCCGGAACAUCAUGUUGGCGAGAAUGAAGUCGUAAAAGCGGGAACUUUUGUGGAGAUAACGUUUCGUGCCAUUUGGACGUACAAAUCUAUGCAGACGUACUUUUGGCUCGUCACGCAACCCUCUACCGGAAGGAACGCGUGACGAAACUCAAAGACCGUUUGCGGGAGAGGGUUUAUUGUACCAAGCGCAUUGCUAUUAGGCCUGGGUUCGAAACUGUAUCCUCGCAACAUGCCGCGCGUGCUCAACAAAGAUCUUACUUGUUUCAUGCCGAGUCUUUCUCGAGUACGCCAAAAUCGAGCAAGGAAAAGAAAGGCGCUGCUGGCAGAGUGAUACACGGAAAUGUGGUGGCAACAUUAAGCAGAAAAUGUCGCAGGGAAAUGUUAUUGUGUUUUUAUUGUUUUUCCUUCAGUGCACGCACUUAAAGAAUUAUUAGACCGUUCGCAGUCCCUAUUUUUCCGUGAGAUCGUGGAGAUAUUGCGCGUCUUAGCGAUGGCGGCCAUCUUGAUUUUCAAAUGUACCGAAGGGGCGGGCGUCGGGGAUUAUACAUGUAGCUCUCGGGGGAGGGGGGCGAGAAACUGUUUUUCUCGCUUCCUCCCAAACCGCCCCCCGCCCGCUAAGUAGUUUUGACACUCAUGCAAGAUGACAGCCCGUAACGCAUAGCGCUCCAUCUCGACGAUCUUACGGGAAAAUAGAGGACUGUGAACGGUCUGAAGAAGUAUGGUCGUGAUUGUCGUUUGAUUUCCUCAUUUAGGUGAAGCUCACUGUAAUUGUUGUUGUUUUUUUUUUGCUGCAAAUACGCCGUCCCCAUAAACUGCGCAUGUCUGUUUGACAUCCUUUUUAACGUGAAACACUCAAGGUUUUAUACCGUGUAAAUAGAGUAUUCUUUAAAUUUCAACCAGUUUCCUAAUAGAAUAAUUAUGCACCUGUCUUGAUGUCCUGAUAAAAUCAAUAAAAAAAAUUAUAAACAUGUUUGAAUGUGGUUACUCGUAUUUCCUUUUUAUCGGAACGGACAUCAUUUCUCAAUAGUAAACUGACAUAAGUACUUGUCGCAACCAUAAUUAUCAUUGAUAAAUAAUAAAUGAGUAAAUAGUAAUUAAGAUCGAAUGGGAUUUGAAAUGUUGGUGUUUUUUGUAGGGGUAGGAAAAUCUGGUAUCCUUGUAGAAGAACAUCUUUGGCUAGGCACCAGAACCAACUACUCUCAUAUAGUUUUGCCUCCAGGAUUUGAACGCGGGCCAUUUCGUUGGGAUACUUUAGACUGCGUUGGGCAUGAAUACGAGAACGCUCGUGAAACAAAAGGUCUGAAGGGGCGAUAAAAAGGGAGACUGGGGCGAGCCGUUUAAGGCUCGCACGCUUCGCACGUGACCACUCGCCCUUUUCACCCUUCAUUGAGCACCGUCCGCUAUAAGAGAAAGAAACUGAUUUAAAAGUCUAAAAACCACUGGAGCUUUGUAUACUUGUCUGUCAGUUGUGGAAUGCAAAGCCCUUAGAACUGAAUAAUUUGGUCUGUCUUUAAAACCUUACUCCAGAAAAAGUAAAGCUUAAUUGUAUAACUCGUAAAUGCUGAAUGAAUUUUUCAGUCAUGGAUAAACUUUCUUAGAAUUCUUUGUCUUCACCAUCCCUUUUUGCGUUAGUUAAAUUUUUUGAAAAAGAUACUAUUAAGAACUUGUAAAAUAGUCUGUCAUGCGGGCCAAAAUGAUGUUAAAACACGCAAGUCACUAUACACGGGCAAUUAAUCUUUUUCAAUUGUGUUCGGGUUAAUGUAAAUUCUUCUGAUUUUUAAAGACUCGAAAUAAUAGAAAAUCAGUCAGCCGAAAUUGAAUUAUUGUGAUUAUCCAAUCAGUAGCUUUGACUUAACAAGGCUCAAUGCCAUGUGCGAACAAAUGAUGAUCAUUGAUUCUAGAGUACACUAGAUCAUUGAUUCUAGAUCACUCUAGAAAGCCUUUGGUUGCUAGCAGAUGAUUGUUAGUAAAUAGCUUAUCUCGCCGCAAGACGUCUACCAGUCAGCAGGAAAGGUACAGAGGAAGCAUGUCGAUGUUUAUGUGCAGUGAAAAGAUGCCCAGAAGACAGCAAAAUCAGUCGGUGAGUUAAUUUAAAUUAAAGCAGAAAAAAUUAAUGAACUGUUCAAUUUAUUAUAAAUCAGUUAGUGCAACAUGUUGGGAAAAAAAAAAGAAAAAUAAACAUUUAAAAUGUGCAGUGACACUGCCAAAAAUGCCCAUGGUUUACUUGCUACAAAUGAUCACGUCUUUUGUAGUAGUACCUUUGUGUCGCCUUUGCAAAAUUUGAUUCCCAAACUUUAAGUCAUUCCGAUCAGGCCUUAUGUCUCACGGCACACCUAAGUGGAAAAUGUAGGUUAUAAAAUGGUGUCAGACCUUGGUAUUUUCUUUUCGGUGCUUCUCUUAUCAACCUUAUGAUGUUUAUAUUUUUAAUAAAUGAUUAUCCUAUGCCUCAUUGCACUGGUCAGAUUUCACGUCUUUGUCUACAUUUGGGUGAAUUAUAUGAUAGUGAUAAUUGAGCUUUGUUUUACUUCAGUGUAUGGCGAAAAAAAAAAUCAGUUAGUGUGGCUAUCCGAAAGACGAGUUCUAAAACUACGACUGUUACGCGUAGUUACACCAAAGAUCAAGUCAAUAUAAAAAGGUAGUUUUAUGUAGAGUAUUUCAAGCGUGAUCUAAUUUGAAUUUUAAUGUCUUCAGGUUAACUUCCAUACAAUCAUGAAGAACCCCGAAGAAAAACGCCUUCAAUUCGCAGCCGAGACUGUGAUGGACUGCUUGUUUGGAAGAUACCGUCCCGGUUUCGUAGACGCUAAAAAUAUUGGCAACAGUGAACGAAGAGGAGGACGGAAGGAAGUUGGAGGAGUUUUAAAGAUGCAUACGUGUAAGCCAAUUGAGCCGUAGUUCCGAAAUGUUUGAUAAGAAAAAGGAAGCUGUAUAAAAACACUUAGAUGUCGUAAGCGAGUUAACAAUUCGAGACGAAACAUAUGACUCCGUUCCUUAAAUUUUAUAGCGCCCACGAAAACUUUACAUACAGUUUUUAUUACUUUAGCGCUUGUAGAAUUAGCAGACAUCUUUCUUAUUCAUCUUCAAUCCAUUCGUAAAAUAACUCAUUCAUUUCAUUCGUCCAAUUUCUUGCUCCAUCAAGUUGUGUUAAUCUUCGUGAAUGACUUUGCAAAUGACCUAAAAUAUAAUCAAAAGUUUCUCCCAAUUUGGCUUAUAUGUUAAAAGCAUUUUUUAGUUUCAUUGUAGAUAUUGAACAGUGUUUUUUAAAAUUGUUUAGGAACAAAGCAUAUUUUAUUCAAGUCGUGAUCUUUGCCUAGUAGAUUCUUGUCACGUGUCUUGUGUAAAAACCUAAUGCACUGAAGCAGCGUAGUGCAUUGUCAUGGCUCUUUUGAAAUUCAUGUCUGGAUGCUUUAGAGUUUUGAAACUACUUUGAAAGUUAGGAAAGUAUUGAAAAAUUCCCUCUAUGCUUCUGAGUGCCCACUUCUACUAAGCUGAUUUCGGUAAAAGUGCAAAAUAAUCAACGUACCAGUUGCUGCUAUAAAAAAGUGCCAAAACCUUAAGCUGUUUAGAUCUCAUACAUACCCACAAAUCUGCACCUUUUUCGCGCGCGUUGGCAAUUCUGGAAGAACUGUUCGUUUUUUCGCAGUUCCUUUUUGAAAAUACGACAACAUCAAGAGACUGAAUGUUCAGUGUUUUACUUUUCUUAUUCUUUAAGCCUUUAGUUUUUAAACUGAAUACUCAGUGUUCAUUAAUUUGCAUAAGACACGCGAAUUUGUACUCGACUUGGCCAAGGUAACGCCCUCGGAGUGGCAGAUUGUUUUUACAAAACCUACUUUUCAUUAAAAAUUCCAAGCCCAUCUGCAAACACCCUGGUAAAGGGGGGCUUUCUUUGAGACAGCGACGCCAAUACCAAAACAAGGACUAAGAUUUAUCUCCGACAUUUCUACCAGGUAUUACUGAUCGUUACCAAUAAAGGUGUUCUGAAAGUUUUCGAAGGUCUCGGUCACCUAAAAUAAAUAUACUCUAGGGACCUUAAGUCCUUUAUUGAUUUCAAGUAAACACUUAGUUCGCUUAUUUAAUUUAUUAAAAGACACCGCACGUAGUGAACAAACAGACAAUUCGGUUAAAUUUUUGCUCAAUCCACAGGGGAACAAUUUUUUUGUCAAACCAAAGGUAUUGUGUAACUUUUGAGAAUUGAUUUGUAUGGCGGCAAAGAAAUCUAGCUCAAAAAUGAACGGUCAUUAGCAUCAAGACGCUGGUAUCUUUUGUAACUCGCAAAGGUCUUUGUAUUUAAAGGUUAAAUUUGCUAAUUUCCACUUCAAAUGAAAUGAGAAUUUUCUGUUGUUGUUUUUGUAAGUUAUCUUAGGCCACAAGUAAACAUGGGCAGAAUAGAACACCAUUCACACCAACUAAACGUAUUGUAUUAAACCAUGUGUCAAAAGAUGAAAAACUGUAAAGGAAAACUGGACAGUGGCUGUUACAUAGCAGGCGUGGAUCUAGGAUAAAUACUGACCGAUUUCCUAAACGAGUACCAAAGGUGCAAGUCGGCCAGGGGGCAUGCUUCCCCAGGAAAUUUUUUGGAUUUUAACUCCUUAAGUCCCCUUUCCUGCGUCUUUGCGUCAUUCAGACGGUAUAUUGGUCAGUUCUUUUCACCUUGGGUGAAUCCUUGCGAAUCGGCGGAUUACUUGAUUUCAACGUGGAAUUUUUUUAUGAUCAAAAAUAUAUUUAUUAUCAAAAAUGUGACCGAUUUCCGCGCUUGCACAGGAUUCAAACUGAUAAAUUUAAACUUGUUCUGUAGUUUGUGCUCAAAUAUCAUUAAGUAGCGUUCAUAAGGAAAACAAUUUUAAACUUUUGACUGUGUGAAUGAGGUAGCACGAUCUAUCUUAACAAAAAACUUUCUCAAUGAAUUAUCCGCACACAGAGGAAUCUAUUUUAUUUUAUCUUCCGAUUGCCUUUUUAACAUCUGUUUAAUCUGUUUAUAUAAUCGCAUAGAUAAUUAUGAAAUGUAUUUCUUAAGUACUCCAUUUUUUUUUUUUCAGGGAAAACAUUUUCCCACGGUUUGAGCAAUGAAUCAAUGGAAGACACUCAUGUCCAUCAGAGCAACGCUCUAAAGUCACUUCCGCCCGAAUUGUGUUUAUGCGUUUCGAGUAUCCCUGGUGCUAAGUUUGGAGUUUGUACCAGGAAACACAUCCCAGGGGGAACGUGGAUUGGACCGUUUGUGGGAAAGCGUGUUCGGCCUGAUGAACUCGAACCAGGCACUGACACCUCACAAAUGUGGGAGGUAAGCAGUUCACCACUCUAUGUAUCUCCCUUGUUUUUUGUUGUUCCUACCAAAAAUCCAUAAAAAAUUAAUUGUGAAAUCUAUGUUCCUGGCCCCUGGAAUCGUGUACACUGCGAAACUUAAAGAUUCCUCGGCCAAAGAAACUUCAGUUUGACGCAAUUGGUAAACAAUUUCACGUAUCCACAUUUUCAGACAAAAACUAAGUACCAGUAAUAUGUUUUUCUUUCAGAUCUUCGAAGGCAACAAGCUAAGUUAUUUUAUUGACGGUAGAGACCCUGGUCAUUCGAGCUGGAUGCGUUUUAUUCAGUGCGCACGCUCCAAAGAUGAGCAGAACCUUUGCGUUUUCCAGUACAGGAACGACGUCUACUACCGCUCGUUUAAAGAUAUAGCUGCAGGUGAAGAACUUCUCGUAUGGUACGAUGAAAAAUACCUUCAGCACUUCGGGAUUCCGACAGGACUACAGAACUUGUCUUCCAUGACUCGAGGCGUCGAAGGUAAGCCGAUGGAUUCAAAUGAAAGGUCUCUCUUUUUAACAACUGAAUGUUUUUAAAAUUAUAUCACCUCACCCGCAAAAAGAUCAAUUCUUUAUGGGGCAGUUGUAAAGGCUAUACAUAUAGGUGAUUUUGGAGUUCCGAAAAUAUGAUUUUAAUAUGAAAGACUUCGUACUUGGUUUUGAUAAAGAUACGAGGGGCAGCAGACACAUGUACAUGGCCAAAUUAACCAAAUUCCAGUAGCUUAUACUUAUUUUAGUUUUCUCUCUUAAGUUUUGUUCUUUUUUUUGUUAGCAACUGGGCCGAUGCAAGCGGCACCACCUCUAUUUGAACUGAGACUUUCACCACUGCAGCAGCAACAACUAUUGAUACAGCAGCAGCAAGAAGAGCAUCAAACACAAAGAAGUAGGUCGAUGCAAAGGCCAAUAGCAGUGGAACAGAGACCCUCCCCUCCACCGCAUCAACAACAGGAGCAGUUACCUCAAGAACAACUACAACCGACAUUACAGCUGCCUCUGCAGAAUAGAACUGCUUUCUUUCCUAGGAGGUCAUCAACCGAGAGUAACCACACAGACCCGCAGUCAUCUCCCUUGAGCGACGCUGAGAGUGACGUUAGUGAUGGAGGCAAUAGCCAAGUGCCAAUUGCAAAGAGUCCUGUGGGCGAACUGGCUUCGUGGCGGUGCCAGCAAUGUCACAAGACCUUUGCGCAGCGGCUGGCCUUACAAAUGCACGUGUGUCCAAGCCAACCGAGCAAGCCUUUUAACUGCGGACAGUGCAACGUUUCUUUCUCCAGUUCCUCCCAACUACGCGCGCAUGUGAUCUCACAUUCAAGUAAGAAGCCAUUUAAAUGCGGUUUUUGUUUGCGCGCGUUUGCGGGUGCGACUACUCUGAAUAAUCACAUCCGAUCGCACAUGGGACGAAAACCUUUCGGUUGUGAGAAAUGCGGCAAAACUUUCUCCCAAGCUGGACUUUUGGCUAGACACGCGAGGAGUCCGCGCGAGUGUAAAGCAAGUGUUCGUUUUUCACCAAUUAAAGUUUGAUUUCUGUUUUCAAUUAUCAGUUUACUUUGGUUAAAAUAUAUAUCGACCUUGUCAUUUUGUUACAGAAUUUGAUAACGAAAGAUAUUGAGAAACAUUUUUAAAAGCAUUAAAAGUAUCGCGAUAAAAACAUGACUUUUCUGCAACGACAUGUCGCCAUUAUGUAAUGCUAAUGAACAGAAACGAUAAUCAGUAAACGUAGAAAACUAAGGUGUGAAACAAAACAUUAAAAUAUAGAGAACAAAAAGAAAAUGAAAUAACUAAGUGAAAAAUUUCGCUGCAAUGGAGUCCGUUGAGUGUUCAUGGUUGGCCUUUUUCCUUAAAUUAACAGAAUGUCAUAAAUGAGGCACUCAAACUUUCCGCGAAUCGUUUUGCGGAAUUGAUUAGGUUUUUGUUUGUUUGUUUUUAUCAAAAAUGUACCUAAGAAGAGGUAAUUGAUAAGUUAAUUUUCUUAAGGCUGCUAAAGUUUGUCACCUGAAAAUAAAUAAAGCUAUCAUCCUAAAUAUUUGUAAAUAUAAUGAAGGAAAGAGACCACCAUUAAAUUGAAUUAUUGCCUGAAGAAACUUUUCUAUUUUUGUUUCUUCUCUUAAAUGGUUUUAAAAAACAAUUGUUGAAAAUGAUGUAAGAGUUUGUUUUGACACUGUUCAAUAUAUUCAUGAAACCAGUCAAAAGUGUUUUAUAAGGGGAGGUGGGGGGGGGGGAGUUGCUUAUUCUAAUUUAGAGACGUUUCGUGUGGGUUCUAAGACCUCUACCGAGGGGUUGGUCGAUAUACCUUCUGUUUGAUUCUAAAGAUGACUACCGCACAGGUUUUCGAAACGUCAGACACUAUCAAGAACGGUCCUAUUUAGGACUACGCUCACUCGGACGAUCAUGUUCCAAUAUUCCACCUCCCUAUGCCGACAUGAUUCUUGAAGACGUAGCCCGCGAAACGUCCCCAGCGGCGAAGAGCGAGGAGAAACGGCUGUUUUCGCAGGCUAUUGAAAACGCAACAGUUUUUUUAAACUGUGCAGAGAAGUGGGCGUAAGACCAAAAUGUUCUUCCAGUCCUGGUUUGGCUGUUACUUCAUGCGCGACCUCAUUAAACUUCAUAACGAUGGAAGUCCCUGUCGUUGGAUUAUUCCAAUACCUCAUUCUGCAGAAUUUGUAUACUUCUGAUCUGCUUUUGGGUAUUUAAAAGUUAGAUAUCUGCGUGUUUUUUUUUGGGUAACGGCGUAAAACGUUCAGUCAAGCUGUUUUUUAUUCGUUUUUCACUGUCGGCACCCUUUAUGCCGUAAAUGAAAAAUUCUCUUCUUUGUUUCUAGUUUAUUCAUUGAAUUUUACUACGGAGUUCAUUUGUUUAGCAUUUGUAUGUGCAUGGCUCAGUGAAUCUGUAUUUUCUUUCGAAAUCACUGAAUAAGGAAGAAAAUAUUUGAUAAUUUUAGCAGAAAAACAGUUUCGCCUUCUCUUAUUGUUUGAAAUAAUGUCCUAAUUUUCAAAUAUGGAGAUGGGAUCCUAUGUUUGCGAGCAAAUUUUGAGGUCAUUUAUUAAUACGUGCAGUUAUGUAUUGCUGUACUUUCUUCCACCCCCAAUCCCUUUGUUUUCUUUUCCCCAAUGACACGGAAUGAUCUUGAAAGUAAGAAUACCGUAAAAAUCAUUAAUGCUAAAGGACGCUUUGGCUUGCGUUGGUAAAUAUAGUUGGCGAAUCAAAGCCUUAUUCGCUUCAAGUGAAAGUGAAGCAUCAAACACCUUCGAGCGCAAGUGCUCAACUAUCUAUCGUGAUUGCCUUUACAGCGGCUGGUCAGUUAUGCGUUUUACACAUGAGCAAUCACGUCGAUCUACGCAUGACAUGACCACUGUAAUCUUAUGCGGUUCUUGACGAAGGCGCAUCAAGACGUUCAUAUAAACAUCAGUUUUGUUUCAAAGUUGAUUUUUGCAAGCCGCUUGACGUCAAAAUACUUCGAAAACGUGAAAAAUACAAAGUUUUGUGUGUGUUGUAAAAUAACUCGGUACAGCGGCCAAGCGCAAAGUGAAUUAACAAUGAAACUCUUUAGCUGUUUGUCUUCCGACGCAUUAUUGGUGGUAAUUCUCCGUGAAAAUAAUUCAUUUUAUUUGUCUUUAGAAGCUGUCAAUAUUGCAUAAACAGGCGUAGGCAUAAAAAGAGCCUUUCAAUAAAUUGGUUUUCAGUCGCUUUAAACUAAUCACUUAUUCGGACUUCCAGUGGAAGCGCGAGAAAGCGUGUAAAACUAGCCAAAGAACCAGCAGCAGCUUCAAACCAAAAAAAGUCAGCGCCAUUUAAACAUCUGUGCAGACUGUAUUCAUUCGAUGUUUGAAGUGUUGGAAAUGGAGGGCGAAAACAAGGUAAGUGUUUUAAGGUAAAGUAGUUUACUCUUGUCUGGAGUUGCUCACUUUGGCUCUCGGGAUGUGACAAAUAACGAAGGAAUUUUCCAAAAAAUGCGCCUUUUUUGCUCAGGAAGUGCAAGAAAAACACCUGUAGGUAGGAAUUUUCGACUUUUUGCGCAAUUUCUGGUUAUUUAGAUAAAUUCAGUUUUUAAAAUAGUGCACAGUUUCUGAUAGAUUUUUGCAGUUCCUUCACUCACUGCAGCAGUUACGCAUCAGCGAACUGAGUUUCCUGCGAAGUUACCGCGAUCGCUGGAUUUUCGUCAAAGUAGGGAAAAUCUUCGUUAUCUCCCGUUUAAAAGCAGUUACAUAACUUGAAAAAUCGCUUUUUGGCUUCAUUUUUACGAUCUUGCAGUAAGGGAAAUGUGUUGAAAUUGUGCGAAAAUGUUUGCGCAACUUGUUAUGCAAGGAACCCACUUCAAAGGGGGAAAAACAAAAGGACAAAAAUUGCCGUGAUUUUAUGAAAAUUUUUGGAACAUUUUCACUCGAAAGAGGGUCUUGAAUGUUUUCAGAUCUUCUCUACCUUCUGGAAAGUUGAAAGGUCGUUUUCUGACGAGAAGGAAACAGAGUUAGGAGAAAAAUUUCAACAACACUUCAGGACAAUGUGUAUUCACCCUUAUUAUUUUGAAAAAGACGAUUUGCUUCACUGGUUAGGGUAAUUUAAAAGCAAAUGAGACGUUUGUGAAUAUUUAAUAUAGUUCUGUCUCACGCGGACAAUUUUGAUUUUGUUAAAGGUUUUGAUCGCUAAAGUUUAACCAGAAGAUCAAACAUUGAUUCGCUUAUUAUUCUGGUCAAAGAAUGUUACAAGCAGAGUGGCUUCUUUUUCGUGUAUUUUUUUUUAGCGUGCGUUUAAUCGUAUCGUGCAUAGCAAGAAUUUGAUUUGAUUAAAUUGUUAAGACGAUAUUAAACCCGACAAAACAGUAUUUCAAUGUCAAUACGCGCCUUCUCCAUCUUCUCGGAUAUUAAAGUACCUCUCUAUCGAUUAAAAAGAGAGACAGCGCACCAAAUCAGGCCAAACAUACAAGGCAGAAUUUUUCCGCGUUUCGCGCGCGCUAUGUACCGUUCGCGGACGUUCAUAUAUAUUCUAACCACAUGAAAUUUAUAUUUUAUCAGGUACUGCAAGUCGAAAAUCCUGUCUUUGGGAAUCUGUUUAAGACUAGUGGGCUCCAUGAACCAGCUGCUAAGAGAGCCAAAGUGGCCUCACCUCUACAAGUGAUACCCACGCAGUCUCCUAGACAAAGCUUUGCUGCUGAUGACAUACAGCAAUGCCUUUUUAAGACGACAAGUGUUCGUCCAGUUAACAUGCAACACUUGCUUGCCAAAAGACAGGAAAAUACUUGUUUCUGUAAGUAAGAAGUUUAUCAGUUGAUAGAUAUAAUUGUAUUUCUUAAUGCAUCGUUAAACAUAAAUGUUUUCUUCCUGGCCUGGUCUCUGUUCAAAAUUAUCCCCUUUAUUUCAAUGAAUAGUUUAAUCAACAACGAAUAUCACACAAGGCGCAGUGUAGUCAACAAACGCUUCGUCUCAAAAGAAAUGUUUGUGUAAAUACAUAAUGUAGUUAAUAGACCCUCCCACGAUUUUUUUUUUCAACUUUUGACAUGGACAACUAGGGAAAAUCUGUCGACACCACUAAAAAGGACACCUUAAAAUUAGUAAAACUUUCAAAUGUGAAAAUUUGCUGA